AUGGUUUCUCAAGGUUUCUUGCCUUCUCGGUUCACGCUUGCUAGCGUCUUGAGCGCGUGUAGCAAGCUUUUGGAUGGUGUUACCGGUAUGAGAUGUCACGGGACUGCUGUUAAAACCGGUCUUGACAAGAACAUUUUUGUGGGCAAUGCGUUGUUGUCUAUGUACGCCAAGUGUGGGCUUAUGGUGGAUCAUGGUGUUAGGGUCUUUGAAUCUCUCUCUGGUCCUAAUGAAGUCUCUUUUACAGCGGUAAUCAACGGUUUAGCUCGGGAAGAUAAAGUAUUGGAGGCAGUUCACAUGUUCAGGUCGAUGCGUGAGAAAGGUGUCAAAGUGGAUUCUGUUUGCUUGUCUAACAUUCUCAGCAUCUCUGCUCCAAGAGAAGAAUGUGACAGCUCGAAUGAAACCUAUUGUAAUGUGAUGGGGAAACAGAUCCAUAGUCUCGCGUUAAGGCUUGGGCUCGAAGGAGAUCUUCAUCUGAACAAUUCGUUGCUCGAAGUAUAUGCAAAGAGUAAAGACAUGAAUGGUGCAGAGCUGGUUUUUGGUGAGAUGCCUGAAGUGAAUGUUGUCUCUUGGAACAUCAUGAUAGCUGGGUUUGGUCAGGAGUAUCGAAGUGACAAAUCAGUUGAAUAUCUAAAGAGAAUGAGAGAGUCGGGAUUUGAACCUAACGAAGUUACCUGUAUAAGUGUUAUUGGAGCGUGCUUCCGUUCAGGGGAUUUCGAAACCGGUCAGGGAAUAUUCAGUUGCAUGCCGCACCGGAGUGUUGUCGCAUGGAAUGCUUUGCUCUCUGGCUACUCCAAGUACGAACACUAUGAGGAAGCAAUAAACCAUUUCAGACAAAUGCAGUUUGAGAACCUGAAACCUGACAGAACCACUUUGAGUGUGAUACUAAGUUCAUGCGCGAAGUUGAGACUUCUGGAAGGAGGGAAACAGGUCCAUGGGGUAGCGAUAAGGACCAAUAUGUCUAAGAACAGUCACGUAGUUAGUGGCCUUAUUGCAGUGUACUCGGAAUGCGAGAAGAUGGAGAUCUCUGAAUGUAUCUUUGAUGAUUGUAUAGCCGAAUUGGAUAUCGCUUGUUGGAACUCGAUGAUCGCAGGUAGCUGUUCAAGGUUAUGUAGUUUACUCCAUGGAAGACAGUUUCAUGGCCAGGUAGUGAAGAGCGGAUAUGUAAGUGAUUCCUUUGUUGAAACCGCUCUUACCGAUAUGUACUGUAAGUGCGGUGAAAUAGAUUCGGCUCGGGAAAUCUUCGAUACCGUCUUGAUUAAAAACACUGUUCUUUGGAACGAGAUGAUACAUGGAGUUCGCAAGACUCCAGGGCGUAGCUGGAUAACAGAGAGCAAUAAUUGGACUCGGGACUGUCGCAAAUAG